AUGUCCAUGGUAAUAGAGCUCUUGAAAGAAGCAUUUCAGCAUGCAAAGCUACCAGAUUCUUUCAAUGACAUGAAGAAGAUUAUUCGUAAGUUAGGAUUCACAUAUGAGACCAUUCAUGUGUGUCGUAAUGAUUGCAUGUUAUAUUGGGGAGAUGAUGCAUCUAGACACACAUGUAAAGUUUGUGAAAGCUCAAGAUGGAAGACGGCUGCAAUAGUUGAUGAUGAUGGAUCCGCUGAGAAGAAGAAGAAGAAGAAGAAGCAACAAGCUGUUAAAGUUCUCCGAUAUUUUCCUUUGAAACCACGAUUACAGCAUUUUUUCAUGUCAUCAAAGACGGCUGAAAGCAUGAGGUGGCAUGCUAAUUCUGAGAAUCCAGAUGGCAAGCUAAGACAUCCUAGAGAUGGAAAGGCUUGGAAAACCUUUGAUCAACAAUUUCCAGAGUUCUCAUCAGAGCCGAGGAAUGUCAGGCUAGGAUUGGCAACAGAUGGUUUUAAUCCGUAUGGUUCUAUGAGCAUGAGCUAUAGUGUAUGGCCUGUGCUUUUAUUCCCUUAUAACCUUCCUCCGUGGAUGUCAAUGAAGCAAACAUCAACAAUUUUGUCAAUGAUUAUCCCUGGGAAGCAGAUGCCGGGUAAUGAUAUUGACAUCUAUCUACAGCCCCUUAUCAAAGAAUUGAAAGAGUUAUGGUCUGAUGGAGUUCCAACAUUUGAUGCAUCUUUAAAAGAGACAUUUACAAUGCGUGCGAUUUUGCUAUGGACUAUUAGUGAUUAUCCAGGUUUAGGAAACUUAUCUGGGUGGAACGUACACACUGGAUUAGCUUGUCCAUCUUGCAACUAUGAUGCUAAAUAUCUUCGUUUACGGCAUGGGAAGAAGAAUUGUUACAUGGGACAUAGGCGGUUUCUUCCUGAAAAUCAUGUUUUCCGAAAAGAUAAGCAGCAAUUUGAUGGUCUUAUUGAAACAAGAGAUUCUCCCAUUACACCAUCAGGAAGUGUUAUUCUCCAACAAAUUCAGAAUGUGGAUGUUACUUUGGGGAAGAAGAUAGAUGCUGUGGGAAAAAGGCGCCGGGAAGAUGUAAUACUUCAAUGGAGAAAGAGAAGCAUUUUUUUUAGUUACCUUAUUGGAAACAUCUUCUCUUGCGUCACAAUCUGGAUGUAA